UUACGCGAAGCGACGGUUGGCUUCGGCAGAGAGAAAGGACACGGUUACGUGACUCGCUCGCUGUUGUGGCGCCAAGAAUGGCCAAAAGCGUCAUUAGCAAACAGGCUUUUGUGAAAACGUGGCUCGCGCAGAGUUGACCGUAGUUUUUUGUGCAGCUGGAAAUAAUCGUCAUCUAUCUCAGAAGUAGAAAGAGGAGGAGAAUUGGUUGCAAUCGGAAAUCAUCAUCGUUAUCGGAAAUUCAGAAGCAGUAGAAAGAAAAUGGAGAAUUCGAAGGAGAAUAGCAGGCCUUCUCUUGACGCUUCUGGAGCUUUGGAAAAUAGGGUAUCUUCACUCAACUGUAUCGAUCUCUCCAGCCCUCACAUUCACAACUCUGUUUCUCUACUCAAACAGGCGUGUUUGGAUUCUGGAUUUUUCUAUGUGAUCAAUCAUGGGAUCAGUCAGGAGUUCAUGGAUGAGGUUUUUAACCAAGGCAGACGGUUUUUUGAUCUACCUGUGAGUGAGAAAAUGAAGCUCCUUAGGAACGAGAAACAUCGAGGUUACACUCCCGUACUGGAUGAACAUUUGGAUCCUGCCAAUCAAAAACAUGGAGAUUUCAAGGAGGGAUAUUAUAUUGGUGUUGAAGUACCUGAAAAUGAUCCUGACUGGCACAAGCCUUUUUAUGGACCAAAUAUCUGGCCUACUGCUGAUAUUUUGCCUGGAUGGAGGGAAACUAUGGAGAAAUAUCACUGUGAGGCAUUUAAGGUGGCAAAAGCAGUUGCGAGGAUCAUAGCUCUUGCACUUAACCUAGAAAUUGACUAUUUUGAUCGACAAGAAAUGCUUGGGAAGCCUAUUGCAACAUUGCGCCUGCUACAUUAUGAAGGUAGAAUUUCUGAUCCUGUAAAGGGAAUAUUCGGAGCAGGUGCACACUCUGAUUUUGGUUUUAUAACGCUCUUGGCAACAGAUGACAACUAUGGGCUCCAAAUAUGCAAGGAUAAGGAUGCUAAACCUCAACAAUGGGAAUUUGUAGCACCAUUAAAAGGAGCAUUUAUAGUGAAUCUUGCUGACAUGCUGGAGCGCUGGAGCAACUGCACUUUCAGGUCCACCUUGCAUCGAGUAUUGGGUAAUGGUCAGGAGAGAUAUUCGAUCGCAUACUUUGUUGAUCCCAGUCAUGAUUGUCUUGUUGAAUGCUUGCCCACUUGCCAGUCACAAGAGAACCCUCCCAAGUUUCCGCCGAUCAAGUUUGAAACUUACAUGCUCCAGCGAUACAAGGAUACGCAUGCUGAUCUCAAUUCAUACAACAAAUGAUACAGAUACGCAUGCCGAUCUCAACUCAUACAACAAAUGAUCCACCAAAAUUGGUCAUCGCGAAUGCUGGAAGUUCCCCUUUGUUGUACAAUACACUGAGGUUCUCUCCUUCCUGCCGCAAUAUAUGUACAAACUGGUUCUCCUUGUUGAAUAGUGGGAAAAUGAGAGUUCACUGGAUUGUUCUCUCUCUCUCUCUCUCUCUCUCUCUCUCUCUCAUAUGUACAACCAUAUGUUUAGGCAAGGUGGAUCACUGUGCCUGCAUGGAAAACAAAUAAUUUGGUUGCGUAUAUGCAACUAUUUGGCAUUGUGUUCAAUGCUUUUAGCAAUGGAACAACUGUUUUGUCA